GAGGAAACGCGGUGGCGGUGACCAUUCGACUAGACGAGACUAAGCCCCUUUGGCGCCUGAACCUCCAGCCCCUUUCCAGUCCUUCUGUUCAGUUCGAGCGGCUGUCGAGCUGCUGCUGACUACUCCGCCUACCGCUACAACCUCCACCACCACCGACCACCAACAAACCCUCGACUCUCUCCCCUUCUCUCCUCCACUUCUCAACAUCCAACUCCCCAUUCUCGCUCUGUUCAUCAUCUCUCCUCCUCCCUUCCUUACCUGUCAACCUCUCAUUUCUUUUUCUCUUUGUUCUUCGUAGUUCGAUUCUAAUCCACCCCUAAACACCAUGGAAGAGGAAGUUGCUGCUCUCGUUAUCGACAAUGGUUCGGGUAUGUGCAAGGCCGGUUUCGCCGGUGACGAUGCCCCCCGUGCCGUCUUCCCCUCCAUUGUCGGUCGUCCCCGUCACCAUGGUAUCAUGAUCGGUAUGGGUCAGAAGGACUCCUACGUCGGUGAUGAGGCACAGUCCAAGCGUGGUAUCCUCACACUCAGAUACCCCAUUGAGCACGGUGUUGUCACGAACUGGGAUGACAUGGAGAAGAUUUGGCACCACACAUUCUACAACGAGCUUCGUGUCGCUCCUGAGGAGCACCCCGUUCUCUUGACCGAAGCCCCCAUCAAUCCCAAGUCCAACCGUGAGAAGAUGACUCAGAUCGUCUUCGAGACUUUCAACGCUCCCGCCUUCUACGUCUCUAUUCAGGCCGUUCUCUCCCUGUAUGCUUCCGGUCGUACCACCGGUAUCGUCCUUGACUCUGGUGAUGGUGUUACCCACGUCGUCCCCAUCUACGAGGGUUUCGCUCUUCCCCACGCCAUCUCCCGUGUCGACAUGGCUGGUCGUGACCUGACGGACUACCUGAUGAAGAUCUUGGCCGAGCGCGGAUACACCUUCUCCACUACCGCUGAGCGUGAAAUUGUCCGUGACAUCAAGGAGAAGCUCUGCUACGUCGCCCUUGACUUCGAGCAGGAGAUCCAGACCGCUUCUCAGAGCUCCAGCCUCGAGAAGUCCUACGAACUGCCUGAUGGUCAGGUUAUCACCAUCGGCAACGAGCGCUUCCGUGCUCCUGAGGCUCUCUUCCAGCCCAGCGUUCUUGGUCUGGAAAGCGGUGGUAUCCACGUCACCACUUUCAACUCUAUCAUGAAGUGUGAUGUCGACGUCCGUAAGGAUCUGUACGGCAACAUCGUUAUGUCUGGUGGUACCACCAUGUACCCUGGUAUCUCCGACCGUAUGCAGAAGGAAAUCACCGCCCUUGCGCCCUCAUCCAUGAAGGUCAAGAUCAUUGCUCCUCCUGAGCGCAAAUACUCCGUCUGGAUCGGUGGUUCCAUCUUGGCUUCUCUGUCCACCUUCCAACAGAUGUGGAUCUCCAAGCAGGAGUACGAUGAGAGCGGUCCUUCGAUCGUCCACCGCAAGUGCUUCUAAGCUCUUGCGUUGUAUAUGGUCGUUGUCGCGUAUUUUCUGUUGUAUUAAAAGAUCAAACGAGAUCAAGGGAUGGCUCGCGGGCUGUCUCUCGCACUAGGAGGAAGAAUGCCUGAAAAAGGAACUUUGAUUUUAGCUGUGGAAUAGAGAUGGCUUGUUUGAGGACGCUUGUCGCUUGGCGCAGGGACUUGAAUGGCAGCUUGUGGAAACCGAAGGCGAGAAAAGUCGACGGAUACUGUACGUGGUUCUAUUGCCAGUGCGGUGGAAGCUUCCUUCUCAUAUAGUUCAAUCCUUCUUUGAAUCUGUUUGUUUCAUAUUUGGACUGUUUCAUUCUCUGCUUGCGCAUUCUCAUCUUCGAGAACGACUGCAGGGAUUGUUGGUUCUGUGGAGCUGAUGAGCGCGCCUUGACCACCCUUGUUCUUGUUUUGCUCUUUUGUUCUCAUUUAACCCGUUUCUCCCUUCCAACCCUUUGACCUUGCAACAUUGUCUCCCAGCGCGUUGCCAAAGCGAACUUGAUAUCAGUAUAGUAUGACCAAGUAGUCUACCAAAAUAAAUUUUAGUACAGUAUUGCUAGUUAUA